AUCACAGACAUUUCCUUCUUCCUUAGAGAUUUGGGUUGUAAAGCCAUGGAGCACCUUGUUUCAAGCUGGUACAACGAUCGAUCCUUGCCAGAAUCGUAUAUACUCCCACCAGAAGAUAGACCAGGGAUGCUCUCCCUAGGCAAAAAUAUUCCAGUGGUUGAUCUUGGGGCUCAUGAUCAAACCGAUAUACUUCAACAAAUUUUGGAAACUAGCCAAGAGUUUGGAAUGUUUCAGGUGAUCAACCAUGAAGUCCCUAGCAACGUAAUAGAUGAAGCCAUGAGUGUUUUUAAGGAGUUUCAUGCGUUAUCUGCCGAGGACAAGGCAAUUGAAACUUCAAAGGACCCCAAUAAGAGCUGCUACGUGUAUACAAGCACUCAUAAUUAUGCAACUGAAAAGUUUCACUUCUGGAGGGAUGGAUUGUUUCACCAUUGUAAUCCUCUAGAGAAAUACAUCCAAUUUUGGCCUGAAAAACCACCUAAAUAUCGAGAAGUUGUUGCUAUAUAUACAGUUGAAUUAAGGAAGGUGGGCUUUAGGAUUUUGGAGUUCAUUGCUCAAGGCUUGGGACUCAACCCCGAUCAUUUUAGCAGUGAACUCGGUGAAAAUCAAACACUGCUGGUCAAUCACUAUCCACCAUGCCCAGACCCAAGUUUAACCUUGGGUUUGGGCAAACAUAGAGACCCUGUUGUCAUUAAUAUUCUUCUUCAAAGUGAUGUAUAUGGGCUUGAAGUGUUCAAGGAUGAGGAAUGGAUUGGUGUUGAACCUAUUCCUUACGCUUUUGUGGUUACCUUAGGUGCUCUGAUGCAGAUUAUUAGCAAUGGGAAGUUGAAAGGUGCUGAACAUCGAGUGGUGACAAAUUCGAAUUUAGUUCGGACAACUGCUUCCUUCGCUCUCAAUCCCUUUUAUGAAACACUUAUAGAACCAGCAAAAGCUUUGGUUGAUGCAAGCAAUCCUGCACUCUAUAAGUCCUUCUCAUACAAAGACUUUAUUAUCAAAUACAGAGCCGCUGCCUCCUACGGUACAGCAUUUGAGGAGUUUUUAAGUAGUACUCCUGAUUAGUGGUUUGAGAAAAAAAAAAAAAAGGAAAAAGAAAAAAAAAAGAAGCUAUUUUACUUUAUCAAUGUAUAACCAUUGAUAUCAAAGAAGUAAACAUUAGUUAGUUAAUACAGUUGUUCAAUUACACGAGCCUGAAGUUAAGUGCAGUGAAAUUGGUUUUACAUUGCACUAAUAUUAUGAUUAUUGUCAUUAUCUUUUUUAUGGAUAAAAUUUCAGUGUCGUGAACACCAAUUGAAUAUAAGAUUUUGAACAUAUUGUAAUA